CAUCAUUUUUCAUGUCUCUCAGAUUCGAAGAACGACGCUUCAACACACCAAAACACACAGCACUGCAUUUUCAGUUUAACCGACUCAUUAGAAACUCGUUUCUUCAUUCCCUGCACCUCCGCCGCACCGGAACAUUUCUCCCCGCUCGAUGAACGGCGCGUCGUCGACUCGCUGCUGAUACGGACGAGUCGACUCGGAGGGUUCGGCUUCGGCUUCCGCUUCCGCGACGAGUCCCCUCGGCGGUGAUGAGAGGGAGCUGCUGCUUCUUCUUCAACCGUCGCACGGAGCAGAGGUUCCGCCUACUCGCGAUCUCCACCGUCAAAUCAGCGAGGAGGAUCAAUCUCUUGCUCUGCUUCUGCAUUGCGUUAACGCUCCUCCUCCUCCUCCUCCUCCUCGCCGCCGCCAAUUCUUCCACCACCGCCAACCGCUCUCGUCCUCAUCCUCGCUUUCCUCUUUCCAGGAAGGGGUAUUCUAUCGUAAUGAACACAUGGAAGAGAUAUGAUCUCUUAAAGCAGUCCAUCACGCAUUAUUCAUCAUGUCCGCGACUUGAAUCAGUACAUAUAGUGUGGAGCGAACCUGACCCUCCUUCUGAUUUUCUUAUUAAAUUUCUAAACCAUGCAAUAGAGUCUGAGUCAACAGAUGGGCGACAUGUCAAAUUAAAAUUUGACAUCAACAUGGAAGACAGUUUGAACAAUAGGUUUAAAGAAGUAAAGGAUUUGGAGACAGAUGCUGUCUUUUCUAUUGAUGAUGAUGUCAUAUUUCCUUGCUCUUCGGUGGAAUUUGCAUUUGAUGUUUGGCAAAGUGCACCAGAUACAAUGGUGGGAUUUGUACCUCGUGUCCAUUGGUUGGAUUCAUCGGAAGGUGAUGGCAAUAAAUUUAGAUAUGGGGGAUGGUGGUCUGUGUGGUGGACGGGUACAUAUAGCAUGGUGCUUUCCAAGGCAGCAUUCUUCCAUAAGAAGUAUUUCAGUCUCUACACAAAUGAGAUGCCAGCAUCAAUAAGAGAAUAUGUAACCACGAAUAGGAAUUGUGAGGAUAUUGCAAUGUCUUUCCUUGUUGCAAAUGCCACUGAUGCACCCCCAAUAUGGGUUAAAGGUAAAAUAUUUGAGAUUGGAUCCACCGGAAUCAGCAGCUUGGGAGGUCACAGUGAAAGAAGAACAGAGUGUGUCAACAAAUUUACUGCUGUAUAUGGACGGAUGCCCUUGGUAUCUACUUCAGUAAAGGCUGUUGAUAGCCGCAACAUCUGGUUUUGGUGACGCCUGGAUUUAGACAUUUUUUGCAGGUUUUAGAAAUUCCACGAUCUUCAAUUAGCUAGUUAAGCUACACGAUUCUUCUUAGUUACACAGAUGUAUAAUAUUCACAUAAAAUUCAUGUAUUUUGAUGGGAUAGAGCUAAUUAGCCACCUAGAUUGAUUUCUUGUAUUCUUUGACAUGUAUUCCUGGGGUUAUUUUUGUCUCACCAUAUAGAAUUUCAGUGUAGAAUCAGGGAAUAGUAAACCCUCAGUCUAGAAACUCCUCCAUAUGAUACUUGUGUUUAGUUGAUGUACUGUCGUAUUCUUCCUUCAACAACUUGCCUCUUUGGAAUAUAUCAGUUCUCUGUGGAUA